AUGGGUGACAAAAACAUGAAGCCCCCAGUGUGCCACAAUAACAUUUCUAUAAACAUGAAGAAGUUUUUAGCUCUCCUGGGGAGCCCGUCCCAGAGUUGGAAAAAUAAUCACGUGACCUGGGCUGUCCGCAGCAAUGAGGCCAACACGCUGUACAAUAUCCUGAUGGAAGAGCUGAUCCGACAAAAGGAAGCGUCCAUGCCAGGAAACCUGUCGGAGGAGGAAAAGAUGUUUCUCUUAUGUUUUCCCUUGCAGAAGUAUAAGCUGGAAAAGAGUAUCAGAGAACUUCACGCUAUUGCAGACCAAGUUGACGCGACCCAUAAGAUGCUCACCAAGACCAGCCUGGUGGCCAGCUCCUCAGGCACCAUCUCUGGAGUCAUGAGCCUCUUGGGUUUGGCCCUGGCCCCCGUGACAGUAGGGGGCAGUCUGAUGCUCUCAGAGGCUGGGCUGGGCCUGGGGGCAGCUGCUGCCACCAACAUGUUGACGAGUAUCUUAGAAAGUAGGAACAACUCGGCAGCCAGAGAAGCCAGCAGACUGGUGCCUAUGGAAACAACCAUGGUGUAUGAAGCUUUUGAAGAAAUAAGGAGGCCUGCAAUCCACGCUGCUUUGUCGCGUGUCGAUAGAGGUGUCAGGGUCAUCAAGAACGUUGAGGAGCUUCGGGCCCGCCAGAUGGCAGCCAACUCUGGCUUCAUGGCUAAGGUCAAUAAUUUCACGGCCACAAACCGUGUCCCCUUCUGGAGGGCGGGACAGCUACAGACUGCUGUUGAAGGCUCUGCUCUGUCCAUGACCAAAGGUGUCCGGCCGCUGGGUGCUGCUGGGGCUGGCUUCCUACUUGUGCAAGAUGUGAAAAGCCUGCUGCAGAGCUGGAAGCACCUGGAAGAGGGGGCAAGGGCAGAGACCGCCGAGGAACUGAGGACAGUCACCCUGCAGCCGGAGCAGGAGCUGAGCCAGCUCACCCAGCGCUACAGGCUGACCCUCCGGGGGCAGGGCUGGCGGGAGAGCCUGUCCCCAAAUCAGGAGGUAGGAAAGGGUACAAGAGGUGCGUAA